AUGCGUUUCUUCGCUACUGCAACUAAUGUUGCGGCGCUGCUUCUGAGUGCAGCAACGAAAGGCAUCUCAGUGCACACAUUCGGCGCGGAUGGAUGUAUCAAUAGUACGACCAUGCUCGCUGCCAGCGCUCAGCUCAACCAUGGUCUUGCAAUCACACCGGACGGAAAGACGCUCUACGCUAGUUCAGAACGAACUGCGUAUUCUUGGGCUUAUGACCCGGUCACGAUGAAGGUUAGCAACCAGAAGACCGUCGUCAACGGGAUGGACUCUGGAAUCCAUUCGACCAGAAAUCUCAUGGUUGUACCGUCGCAACCCAACAUGGUGCUCCUGCAGGUGGGCAGCAACGCCAAUUUCGACUACGCAGCUGCCGACAAGGCGACUGGUCGUGCGAUCAUCAAGAUAUUUGAUAUGAGUAAGGCUCCUGCAAGCGGGUACAACUAUAAGACCGAUGGUGAGGUCUUUGGGUACGGUCUACGCAAUGAGAUCGGCUUCGUCGCGGAUCCGAACGGUGUCGUAUGGGGUGUAGAGAAUAGUGGAGAUGAUUUUACCCGAAGCCAAAAUGGACGUCAAGUAGAUAUUCACAAAGAUAAUCCGGCAGAGAAGCUCAACAACCUUGGUGAUCCACUUAAGACUCGGGAUGUCUGGUACGGUUAUCCGACCUGCUUUUCUGUCUGGGAUGCUUCCUCUUUCACGGACAACACGGCACUUAAGACCGGCAGCCACUUUGUGCUCAGUCCUAACAGCACCUUCAAUGAUGCAAGCUGCAACAGCAAAGCAACAGCACCGCGAUUGACCUUCCAAGCCCACAGCGCGCCCAUCUGGAACACAUUCGAUGCGGACGCCAAGAACAUGUACGUGACGUUCCACGGAUCUUGGGAUCGCCAGCCUCCUACAGGCUUCAAGGUUGUGCAGAUUCCGUUCACCAAGACCGCGAGCGGUGCAUAUGACCCGGUUGCCCCCGCGGACAGCAUGAAGGGAUACAACGACAUAUUUACUGCGAGCAAUCCGUCAUCUUGCACCGCAAAUGGUCUGACGCAGAGCAAUUGCGUGAGGCUCACAGCGGCAUCCUGGGAUCCUGCUGGACGAGGUUUGUUUGUGGGCAGUGAUAACAGCGCGGAAGGAGAGAUUUAUCUUCUCACACAGAAGUCUUAG